AUGGGUCGUACCGUCGACCAGGAAGUUCACGCGGCGUUCGUCGAGUUCCGCGCCAAGGAAGACGAUAAGCCGAAAACUUCGACCUCGAACCUACCUGCGCCUCCGCUGGAUGAUGUCCAUGCUGCGUUCGUGGAGUUCCGUGCGAAGGAGGAGGACAAGCGUCAGCAUCUACUGGAAUGCCCGACCUACCUCAGUGUCAUGAAGGAUUCCAUCCCCGCCAACAACCUCCUCCAUACCUUCCCCGAGGGCGAUAUCGCUCGGUCAUUGCAGAUCCCCGCGCCGUCUCUGGAGCUGGACUUCCGCAUGAGUAUCAAAAUGAACCCCAAGGUCUCAGUCGGCCCGAGCAUCUGGGGCCAUCGCGACUGGGUGACGUUUGUCGGCGGUCAGUGGGCCGGCCGAUGGGGCAAGGGCAUUGUUUUGCCCGGUGGACAAGAUUCGCAGAUUGUGACCAAGGAGUCCAAUACCAGCUUGCGUGCGAGCUACAUGCUUCAGACGGCGGACGAACCGGCCGCCUGGAUCAUUGUGAAAACCGACGGAUGGUUGACUGGCGCCAAGGAUGUCCUGGACAAGGUCAACGAUCCCGCCGUGGCAGAUACCGUCAACCCAAACACCUACAAAUACCGGAUCAAUCUUUCGAUGGAGACUGGAGACGAGCGAUACGCGUUCUUGAACACCCUGAUGUGGAUCGGCAGCGGUUGCCGCAGGGGCCAAGAAAUUAUCUUCGAUGCCUUCCGCGUCAACUAG